AUGUCCACCACGACGCAGCUCUCUGUGUACUGGAACGCAGAUGACAACGUCGAAGAUAUCCGACGAUACACCGCUGGGGGCUUUCAUCCCAUUCGCCUCGGCGAUGUCGUAUCUCCUCCUCUGAGCAGCUCAGAAUCCAGUCCCGCAGGACAGUACCGCAUCCUGCACAAGCUUGGCGACGGCGCGUUUGCGACAGUAUGGUUGGCCGAGGUGCUCCACGUACCGUCGCAACGUUAUGUCGUGCUCAAGAUCUGCGCCGCCGAGGCCGAUGCGUGGCACGAACUCGAUAUAUACAACCGCAUCCCGUCUGGCGACGAGAUGCAGAACGUGCUGCGGCUGCGCGACAGCUUCUCGCUGCACGGCCCGAAUGGCGUGCACACGGUACUCGUGCACGAUGUACUCGGGAACCUCUUGAACGCUGUGGACGCGCCUGGGGCGCGUAAGCAUGCUCGGAUGCUCUGUUGCCAGAUUGCGUGUGGGCUCGCGGCGCUGCAUCGGCAUGGGAUCGUGCAUGGAGAUCUCCACUCAGGGAACGUCAGCAUUGCCCUGCCCACGCUCGAUGAACACCCCCCGCAGUCUAUCAUGGACCACUUUGGCAACCCAGAGUGCACUAUCGUCCUCCCGACCGCGCCUCCGACGCACCCCGAGGCACUCCCGCCGUAUCUGGUGCACCCGAUUUCGAUCUUUCACUACCUGGUGAGGAAGGAUCCUGUAUUCGCGGACACGCCCUUCCGUGCGGUGAUUAUGGAUUUGGGAAAUGCGAUCGCAGUCGACGAGGAGACGCGCCCGUCGUCUACACCGGCUGCAGUAUGUGCGCCGGAGCUGAUGUUCGAACGUGUCGUCCGGUCGGUCCGCCCCUCGCCCACGCGAGCGAGCGAUAUCUGGUCGUUUGCAUGUACGAUGUACGAAUUGGUGUUUGGAUCGCGCCUGUUCCACUUCGCAUCCCCAGAUGAUGCGCUGUUGGGUGCGAUGGCGACGCUGUGCGGUGAGGUGCCGCUGGGAUGGCAGAGCUAUUGGGAGUCGCACGAAUGGCUCGGGAGCUUAGAUAUCUCGUGCAAGGCUACUGAUGCUGAAUGGGCACGCCGACUAAAAGAUUGCGUGAGAGAUGCCAGAGAGACGCACACGCAGGCAGAAGUUGAGGAAUUUUUCGCGCUUCUUCGCUCCAUGCUACAGAUCGAGCCGGAGCGUCGAUUAACGAACUUGGUUAAUCCAGGUCUUGUGUUCGGGACCCCAAAUCCUUCGUAUACAAGUUCUGCUUCAUGGUCGUCUCCGGUUUCUUCGCUUGUUGAUGAAGAAUUGUAUCCCUCAGAUGCGGAGGAGUCACACUCAUCGCAAGUAGCCGCUUCUUGGGUUGAGAAGCGAUCUGAUGAUGCACACACAGAUGGGGCCGCAUCACAAAAGUACAGCUCUAUCCCAUCAUCAUCAAUGGAGUCUUCAAUUGAGAGGCCUUCAAACUGGUCUGCUGCAUCGGAAAAUGAGGAGACCGCAUCCAGCUCAUCGUCACUGAUUGACUUCCCAAUCGAGAGACCUUCCGACCAUGCUUCAGUAGACGAGGCUUUAUCAGAAGACCAUACACCUAAUCCGUCGACGGAAAUCGACUCGUCGGAUCAGGAACCUGAUGAGCACUCAGACAUAGCAGAGACCUCUUCAGACGAGACCAGGUCAGCAUUUGACGUGCAAUUCAGCUGCGUCUGGGAAGGUCCUGUGUGGCGUUCGGAUGCAGAGUCGACUUACUCGGAUGUGAUAGUGCAAGCGCAAGAGGCCUGGGUCAGCUGGUGGUGUACUUCCGCUGUUCCUAGCCAUGGUGCUGUGGAAACAAGUCCAUUGGGACAUAUGGAUCGUUCAACAUGA